UCGACAUGACACGAUCUGCCGAUGUUAAGGUCCUUGGAUCCUGCAGAGGCUUCGUUCUCUUUGAUCGACACCCAUGUCUUCUUGUGGUAUGGAACCCACUGACUGGAUCCAAAAAAUUAAUAUCCUACUCUCAUAUUCUUUCUCGUUGUAAGCACCAGGACUUUAGCCGUCCCUCCAAAUUUCAUCUCUAUGGAUUUGGUUAUGAUGCAUCACAGGAUGAUUACUUAGUUGUUGUAGCUUGGCAGGAUAUGGAUGACCAUGAUCACUUUGACUGCUUUUCCUUGAGAACCAAUUCAUGGAUUGAUUUUGAUGCUGCACUCCCCAAUCCCUUGUUUGGUUUUGACCGCAAUUCUUUUGGGUUGUUCUUGAAUGACGCUCUUCAUUGGGCGCAAUUCUCUCCUAAAGUUUACAAGGAUGCUAUUCUUAUCUUUGAUCUGAAGGAAAGGACUUUCUCGAGGAUAUCUGCCCCGGAACAACUAGUAAUGUUUUCACGCGGUUAUUCAGGUCUAGCCCUACUAGGAGGCUGUCUAGCCUUGUAUUAUCGCGAUUUUAAUAGCUGUAGCACUGACAUAUGGGUGAUGAAAGAAUAUAAAGUGCACUCAUCUUGGACUCUCUAUCAGGUUCCUUGCAAAGUCUUUCAGCCAUUGUGCUUUUCCAGUAAUGGUGAUAUUAUUGGAAGAGAUUAUACUAAAAGAGGGGGCCUAGCCUUUUAUUAUCACAAUCGUGAUAGCUGUAACACUGACCUAUGGGUGAUGCAAGAAUAUAAAGUGCAUUCAUCUUGGACUCUCUAUCAAAUUCCUUGCAAAGUCGAAAAUGGUGAUAUUAUUGGAAGAGGUUAUAAUUUUCUCUACAUGUAUAAUCUCAUAGGAGAGGAACGUUUUAAAAAUCCUUGGUUAUGGGUUGACCUCUUUGCAUCCGAUGCUCUGUAUACAGAGAGUCUCUUGCCACUCCCUAGUGACAUUAAGGAUGAGGAUAAUAACAAUAAUAAUAAGAAGAAGGAAAAAGUCCAUCAAGUUCACCAUGAAUGUUUUGAACAACUUGAUGUUGCUAAAGGUUAGCAUCACGAAGGAUUCAAACAAAGAAAGAGAAUUAGGAGCCAAACACAAGUGAGCAGCUUGACACACCGAGAAGAACAUUGGAAAAGUGCAAAUGAA